AUGCAACCUCAACAAAUACAACAACAACAAACUAAUGUUGUUGCUAAUACUGGUGCUGCGACAUCAGGUCAACAACAACAACAAUCACAAUCACAACAACAACAGCAGCUAACACAACAACAACAACAACAAUUACAACAACAACAACAACAACAACAACAGAUGUCUGUUGACUUUACUAUAAAGACAUUAAGAGUACAUCUACGCAACCUUUUGAUGAUAUCAAACAGUAUCCUAUCGGACAAAGACACGCAGACCAGACUGAAAGAGUACAUGAGCCUCGUCCAGAAGCUCGAAGAGUUCGAGAUCGCCUGUGAUGACAUAUACUCAUUCGUUGAGAUAAACAAACAGAAUAUAAUAUAUAAUAAUGCGAAUAAUGGAACGUUUGAGAAGGAGGAGUCACCAGAGGCAUUGUAUCAGGCAUUGGGAACAAGAUUGUCGACUGUGAAGCAGGCCAGGAAUACAGUGGAUAGAUUCAGAAGUGAUUUGAUGAAGAGGAAUGAUACAUUGUCAAAGCUAAACAACUCAAUCAAGGAGUCAAAGAUAAGAGUGAAGAAUGAGCCCAAUAAUACUACAUCAUCAUCACAUAUUGCGACUGAUACCCCGAUGUCAAUAGGCGGUGAGACCGACACAAACUCGAUCAACAACAGCGGCGGCAUAAGCAGCAGUGGCGGAAUGGACGGUGACGCGUCUCAUCAGCAGCAACAACAACAACUCGGACAAGAACAACAAGCGCACGACCAGACACAGCAACAGACACAUACACCAUCCGAACAGAACCAAUCAUCGAGCCAACAACAACAGAAUCAACAACAACAUCAACACCCAGCAGUGGCAAGCCUGUCGGCAGAGUCGCCGUCUGUGUACUCGCCCUCGCUGCUAAAGACCAGCACCGACCCAGACGGCCUGACGCCCAAGACUGGCUCGGACGCAACACCGUCGCUUGUGGUCGAGCCCAGCGAUCAACAACAGACUCCAACGCCAUCACAGCAGGAUCCGGCGGGACACCAGCAGAAUGGUGGCGUGGAGAUGUAUCAUCAUCAUCAUGGCACGAGCAAUGUUGGACAGGGCGGCAACACAUUCAAUCCAUUGUCACCGGCGUCCAUUAACAUGCACAUGCCAUCGCCGGGACAGAGCAAGAAGUCGCCUCUCACUUCGUCCAUGAUGGACGGUUCGUUCGACACCCCUUCGCAGACCCAGUUCACUCCCUCUCAGCCAGCCAACCUCAGCCAAAUGACGGAGGAUGUCGACACCAGCAUGAACCAGGAUGACGUGGUCGUUCCAUCACAGGAUGAUCAACAACAACAGCAUCAGAGCGAGCAGUUGCAGCAGCAUGGUGAACAACAAGGUGAUGAACAUCAACAACUACAGCAACAUGAUCACCAGCAACAGCUGCAGCUGCAACAGCAACAACAGAAUGAACUGAAUCAGUUGGAUGGUUUGGAUGACCUGGACGAUGAGGUGGAGAUGGAGGAGGUGCAGGUGGUCGAUGUGGAUCAGAGCCAACCGAGUGUUCACGGUCAGGAGCAAGUGGACAUGAUCGAUGUGGACCAAAGCUAUGCCUCAGGACUCGAGGUACCAAGCAAUGAUGGUGGUGUUGUCAAUGUCGAUGAAGAUAUGGUCGAGUCCGUUGAGAUAGACAACAACAAGAACAACAACAACAACGUUGUCGAUGACCUAGAUGACAUGUUCCCAGAGACCGCUGUCGUUCAACAACAAGAUCAUCAACAGCAACAACAGGUCGUUCAAGAGGGGUCACAAGACGUUGACAACACUGGUGGCGAUUGA